CGGCUGCGAGGACAAGCGGGUGUCGGCGGCGGCGGCGGCGGCGGCGGCGGCGGCGGCGGAGGCCGGUGGUGGCAGGGGCGGGCGGCCAUGGCGGCGACGGAGGCCAGCGGCGACGACGUCCGCUGCGUGCGGCUGAGCGCCGAGCGGGCCCGGACGCUGCUGGCCGACGUGGACACGCUGCUGUUCGACUGCGACGGCGUGCUGUGGCGCGGUGAGACGGCGGUGCCCGGCGCGCCCGAGGCCCUGACGGCGCUGCGGGCCCGCGGCAAGCGCCUCGGUUUCAUUACCAACAACAGCAGCAAGACCCGCGAGGCAUACGCCGAGAAGCUGCAGCGCCUGGGCUUCGGCGGCCCGUCGGGGCCCAACGCGGGCCGCGAAAUCUUCGGCACAGCUUAUUGCACCGCUCUCUACCUGCGCCAGCGCCUGGGCGGUGCGCCGACCCCCAAGGCCUACGUGCUAGGCAGCGCGGCCCUGGCCGCCGAGUUGGAGGCCGUGGGCGUCACCUGCGUGGGCGUGGGACCCGAGCCCCUGCAGGGCGAAGGCCCCAGUGCCUGGCUGGACGCGCCCCUGGAGCCCGACGUGCGCGCCGUCGUGGUGGGCUUCGACCCGCACUUCAGUUACAUGAAGCUCACCAAGGCUGUGCGCUACCUGCAGCAGCCCAGCUGCCUGCUUGUGGGCACCAACAUGGACAACAGACUCCCACUCGAGAACGGCCGCUUCAUCGCGGGUACCGGCUGUCUGGUCCGAGCCGUGGAGAUGGCCGCCCAGCGCCAAGCAGACAUCAUAGGGAAACCCAGCCGCUUCAUCUUUGACUGCGUGUCCCAGGAGUAUGGCAUCAACCCGGAGCGCACGGUCAUGGUGGGUGAUCGCCUGGACACAGACAUCCUCCUGGGCGUCACCUGUGGUCUGAAGACCGUCCUGACCCUCACCGGAGUCUCCACUCUAGGAGACGUGAAGAGUAAUCAAGAAAGUGACUGCAUGUCUAGGAAGAAAAUGGUCCCUGACUUCUAUGUUGACAGCAUAGCCGACCUUUUGCCUGCCCUUCAAGGUUAAAGAUUUAGUGUCUUUAAUCUCCAGAAUAAAAAAAAAAUGAAAAAUCACUUACCCAGAUUAAUAGGUGGUGCUUAAGCAUCGCUCAGCCAGGUGGCUUCAAAGAGUAUUACUUGGAGUUAAGCAGAGGCACUAGUUUUAAUCUUGUAAGUAAACGUUUGGGGGCGAUUUUGUUUACAAAUGCUUGUAUUUUGAGAUGCACUUUUAAGCUUGGAGGACAUUGUGGGGGGUCCUGGGCCUCAGGUGCCAGUUGGCCUGGCCAUUGGUUCAGCAUAUGCCCAGGAUUUAGGUAACCUCAGGGCCUGCUGGUGGGACCGAGGUGAGGUGUCAAGUAUUUUAUUGAGCAUUUCAGGGAUCAGAGCAUCUUGUACAAACCGGCCCAGGGCCCCCUUGUUGUGGUCACCAACAGUGGAGCCUGCUGGUGCCUCUCAGCUCCUCAGCUGCCCUGUGGGGGGUGGAGGAACGGGCUGCACUUGGGUGGUGUCUCCCUGUCCGUGGGGUGUGGGCCGCUGCCCUCACUACCAGCAACCCCCCCACCGCACACUUCCUUAAAAACCACUCUGAUGUCACAAUUGAGUGUCCGUUCUGUCUCAGAUACCCAUGUUUGCCACUCCAACACGAUUGUGUGGUUCUGUAAACUCAGCCCAGCCAGACCUUGGCUUUUUCAGACGUGCACAUAAACCCAGGUGACUUGGCUGAGUGUGUUGCUUGCCUAGUGGCUGCAAGGGCGCAGGAGUGUCUUCCUUGUUGUCUGGGCUGCUGUGCCCAGGGCAGCACAGAAGUUAUUUUUAUUAAACUUUUAUUCAACUUUGUCAGGUGGUGGAAUUGAAUUGUAAGCGUGUUGAUUAAUGGCUGUGCUCUGUCUUGUAGGGCAAAUCCCACUGAAGAAGCUUCCGUGCCCCACAGCCAGCAGUGCUGGCCAAGGAAUGCCUGUCCACCAAGGCUCCCACUGGGUGGGAUAGGAAAGAGGGGUCCCCCUCAAACAGGAAGUCUUUUUACGAAGCAUCCAAUCUCUUCCUGUCUUCUAGUACCCUUGGUUGGGAUACGUGUUAUAUGUCAGUGGUCCACGAGGCCACCUAUCUUGACCCUGGAGUCCCUUGUCAGUGGCCAGCUGGAGGACUGGCAGGAUCCACUGGCUAGCCAAGGGUUCUUGGCAGGGGGCUGUGGACUUUUCUCCCUGUUCCGUAAGUUGCUGACCUUCGAGAAUAGGCCUGAUGAGCAGACUCCAGCCACACUUGUAGGGUAGGGCCUGGGAGGUUGUUCCUUUUGGCCGACUCCUUCCGGGUGCCUCGCCCUGCACCCAGCGGUGUCUGCCUGCAGCCUGUGGCUUCUCCACCACCCCAGGGUCACAGUGGCCCUUCACUCAGUCUUUUAAGAGUUCUCAGAGCAAUAAAGGGUGUCCCGAGCCUUCAGCUCUUCCCAGGUCUGCGUGCCUGGGGUUCUGAUGUGGCGGUGGGCAACGUGAGGGCAGCCAGCACCUGUGAGGUUGGUGGUGCUGACGUUGGCUCUGCGAGGUCGGCUCAAGGUGGGUCUGGAUAUUGAGCAGGCCUGUCAGGGCGUUGUCACCCACACCAGGAGCACGUGGCAGGUGCAGCAGCCAGCGACAGCUCCCUCUUCUGCUGGGCAGCAGCCCAGGAACUCUCUGCACCCUGUCUCCACCCCUGUUGCACUGUGUGAACCCAAAGGUAUAUUAAACUCUGAGACCU